UUCUUUGACUAAAGCUUUUCCCCAACCUUCUUCCCCCAAGCAACGACCCAUACAUACAGGCAAUACAUACAAUCGGGUCCCAAAAAUAGAACUUUGCACUCGGAUUUUCCAUUAAUCAGCUGCAGUGAUUUGAUACUGCCGGUGCUCUGCUCUCUCCUCCCUCCAGUUUCGAGCUCAGUGUCAUCCAUUGGUGCUCAGGAGAGCAGACCCAGCUCCAGUUCUUGGAUCUCGGUCCCCUCGGAUUCGCCCAUCUGCUCCUUCUCUCAAGAAUCCAUCUGGGUGCCUUUUGCUCUUCUGGGUUGCUGUCGAUUCGGUCAACGGGCGGAAUGGUCCAAGAUUCUUCUUGAUGGGUCAUCAGUUUGGGGGGUGCUGAGGUUGAAUAGGGUUCCUCCGCUCUGGGUUGUGGGCGUCGAAGCUAAUGCUCAGGCCGGCGAGAUUGUGAAGUUUGGAGCUGUGAUGGAUAUAAUUGAGAGGGUGAUCUCUGCUUUUCUCUGGUUAAUUUUAGUAUCUCGUGUACUACCGAAAGUUGCUGGGAAUGCUGAAGGUGAUGCUCUGAAUGCGCUGAAGAACAAUUUAGCUGACCCAAAUAAUGUUCUGCAAAGUUGGGAUCCUACCCUUGUCAAUCCUUGCACUUGGUUCCAUGUAACAUGCAAUAGCGAUAACAGCGUGACUCGAGUUGAUCUUGGAAAUGCGAAUCUAUCUGGUCAGUUGGUUAUACAGCUUGGCCAGCUUACGAAUCUGCAGUACUUGGAACUUUAUAGUAAUAACAUAACUGGGAGGAUCCCAGAAGAGCUUGGGAAUUUGACAAACUUGGUCAGUUUGGAUCUUUACUUGAACAAUCUGACUGGCCCUAUUCCUGUCACGUUGGGAAAACUCCAAAAGCUCCGUUUCUUGCGUCUCAACAACAACAGCCUCACAGAAACAAUUCCCAUAUCUUUGACGACUGUGACUACAUUGCAAGUCCUUGAUCUUUCGAACAACAAACUUACGGGUGACGUCCCAGUGAAUGGAUCCUUCUCUCUGUUUACACCUAUCAGUUUUGGUGGUAACAACCUCAAUGCUCUGCCAGUGACACCUCCACCUCCUAUUUCUCCAACACCCCCAGCUUCUGCUUCAGCAGCUAGUGCUACUGGCGCUAUCGCUGGAGGAGUUGCAGCUGGUGCUGCUCUGCUGUUUGCUGCCCCUGCAAUCGCUCUUGCUUGGUGGAGGAGAAGGAAACCUCAGGACCAUUUCUUCGAUGUACCAGCGGAGGAGGAUCCUGAAGUCCAUUUGGGACAAAUUAAGAGAUUCUCGCUACGUGAACUGCAAGUUGCGACGGAUAACUUCGGCCACAAAAAUAUUCUUGGUAGGGGAGGAUUUGGUAAGGUCUACAAAGGACGAUUGGCAGAUGGGUCACUUGUGGCCGUGAAAAGAUUGAAAGAAGAACGCACACAAGGAGGAGAAUUGCAGUUCCAAACAGAAGUGGAACUGAUAAGUAUGGCUGUUCAUCGGAACUUGCUCCGUUUGCGUGGCUUUUGCAUGACUCCAACUGAACGUUUGUUGGUAUAUCCCUACAUGGCUAAUGGCAGUGUAGCUUCCUGUUUAAGAGAGCGCGCUGAUGCACAACCCCCCCUUAGCUGGCCCAAUCGGAAGCGAAUUGCAUUGGGAGCAGCAAGGGGGCUUGCAUACUUGCAUGACCACUGUGACCCGAAGAUUAUUCACCGAGAUGUGAAAGCCGCGAACAUAUUGUUGGAUGAGGAGUUUGAGGCUGUGGUCGGAGAUUUCGGUUUAGCCAAACUCAUGGACUAUAAGGAUACUCACGUUACUACUGCUGUUCGUGGAACAAUUGGGCACAUAGCCCCAGAAUACCUUUCAACAGGGAAGUCUUCUGAGAAGACGGAUGUUUUUGGGUACGGGGUGAUGCUUCUUGAGCUCAUAACAGGGCAGAGGGCGUUUGAUCUCGCUCGGCUUGCAAACGAUGAUGAUGUCAUGCUACUUGACUGGGUGAAAGGGCUUCUGAAAGAAAAGAAGCUUGAGACCCUGGUUGACGCUGAUCUCCAAGGGAACUACAUCGAAGACGAGGUCGAGCAGCUGAUCCAGGUAGCCCUGCUGUGCACACAGAGCAACCCGAUGGAGAGGCCCAGGAUGUCUGAAGUAGUCAGGAUGCUUGAAGGAGACGGCCUAGCGGAGAGAUGGGAGGAGUGGCAGAAGGAGGAGAUGUUCCGACGAGACUUCAACCACACCCACCACCCACACGCGGAUUGGAUCGUGGGGGUGCCUGACUCCACCUCCCAUCUCCGGCCAGAUGAGUUGUCGGGCCCAAGAUGAUCCUGCUAAAUGGGGCCCCAAAGAGUCAAACCGAGAAUGGUAAUUCUUACCCAGAUCCAGUCUAUCCAAAUUGUAACCAGUAGAUCAUCGGGAUCUUCAAGGAAAUACAACAGAUUUGUGCCUCAGACUAAGUCUAGGUUGGAAUUCGUGCCGGCGGUGGCCGUGUUGUAGCUUACCGGGACUAUAACAUUUGUGCAUAUGAUUUUUCUUUUUCCUUCUUUUCCUUUUUUAUUUAUUUUUUAUUCCUGCCUAUAUGUCGUAUUUGGAUUGGCUCUAGUGGGUUUUUUGUUUUCCUCUUAAUAGGAUCUUUUUUUUUUCCCCCUAUUUUUCCUGUCAUUGAAAAACAUUCGAGGGGUUAGACUCAAGAAACAGAAGAGGGCUGUGGGAAGCAACUAAUUUUCCUUUGUCAUGUAUGUUGUUAUGCGUCCGUUAGUCAUUUUUAUGUAUCCAAAAGGUUUACUUGAGAUAAUGUAAGACAAAUAAUAUUGUUCCCGGUGAUGUUAAAA